UAUACAUACAUACAUGCUGUAGACAAAGAAAGAAAAAGAAUCAAAAAAUUGGUGAAUUAUCCAAUCAAACAAACAAACAAAAAAAGCACGGAGAGAGAUUGAGAAGGAAAUGAAAAGGAAGGAGAAGGAGGAAGAAGAAAGGAGAAGGAAAGUGGUGAUAAGACAUUUGCCCCCGUCGCUCUCUCAAUCUCACCUCUUCUCCCAAUUCCAUCAUCUUCUCCUUCUUUCUUUUAAUUGGUUCUGCUUCCGCCCUCCAAACUCCAGUCAUAAGAAUCAUAGAUAUUCUCGGGCUUACAUAGAAUUCAAGAGCCCUGCAGAUGCCGGACAGUUUGCGCACUUAUUCCAUGGUCAUCUGUUUGUCGAUGACAAUGGUGCUCAGUUCAAGGCCAUCGUCGAGUAUGCCCCUUCCCAACGUGUUCCCAAGCCUUCUCCUGUAAAGGAUGGUCGUGAAGGGACCAUUUACACUGAUCCUGAUUAUUUAGAAUUCCUCAAACUUAUUGCAAAACCGGUGGACAAUCUCCCUAGUGCCUCAGUUCAAUUCCAAAUAGAGGAUGCAGCACAAUCUGGUCUGUUAAUAUUUUCACUAUAUAUACAUUUUUUGUUCCACUUUCACACUCUCCCAGGUGCUGCGAAAGAACCUCCUAUUACUACACCUCUAAUGGAGUUUGUUCGUCAGAAACGAGCUGCUGAGGAUGGAAACCAGCAGGGUUCGUUAGUUGCUGUCAAGGGUAGCAAAAGAGCUGGAUCAGCAUCUGUGAUUAAGCCUGGUUCAAGUGCUAACAAACGAGGCGCUGAGAAGAAAAAGUAUAUCCUAAAGAACAGCAGAAAAAAUUCAAAUCAGAAGGACAAGUCCACUAGUAUCAUGGAUUCUAGGCAACGGGAUGAACAUGCUACUUUAAGUAGAAAAGUUUCAUCAGAAAUUCGAUCUGAUUCUGGAAAGAAAAAUAUCUUGUCGCUCAUAGGGAAAAAUUGUGAAAUCUCUGCUGUCUCUGGAGGAAUGUUGCAACAACCUGGAGAUUCACCUGUUUCUACUGCUCCUAAAAGAAGUCAGAGACUUAGGGCUAGUGAAAUGAUAAUAAAGAGCAUCCUGUUAAAUAAUGAAACACAUCAAAGUCAAUCUUUGAAUGCCACACAGCAUAGGCACGAGACUCAAAACUUAAUAGUGGAGCAUGGCAAGAAAUGGCCCCGGCCUAUGAAUAAGCAAGUGGCUAUUAAUGGUCAUGUGCCUGGUAGUGAGCCAUCUGGACCUAUUUAUGAUGGUGAUACAAAAAGGAAUAAUAGCAAGUUCUUGACGAAGGGCAGGUAUAGUGUAGGCUCUGCUAGUGCAAAACAACAAAAAUGUAUAAAGGAUAGACCAGAUCCUGGUGUGUGGGCUCCUCUUUGUCAUUCUGUUGUUCAAAGUGACAAUGAGGAGAAAUUGUCGUCUACCUUGCUGCAACAUAGUGGGAUGAACUCUAAAGUUAUUGAUGGAGAAACAAAAAGUGGCAUGCAUUAUUUGAGCCAUACUGUGGAACCAACAGGCCGAUCAAGUAGAAACAGUAGUUCUUCUGUAGAUAUCGGAUCACACAAACAUUUUGGUCAUAAUGUGGCAGCCCAGAGAAUGAAGGGCGAUGGCUCCCGGAUUGCAUCCGAGCAUAAAUCUUCUAAAAGAGGAGGUGCCAGUGGCUAUGGUGUCCAAAAGAAACAAGUGUGGGUUCAGAAAUCAGCUUCAGGUUCAUAGAAUAAUUAUACUGGUGACCCUAAAGCUGCUGUUCAAAAAGAUACCUAUGCAUUUAUGUUUUAGAUUUGAACAGAAUAAUUGUGUAAAUUUGUUAAAUCAGACAAACUAUUUAUUUAAGUGAGGCUAACAUGAAGUCUUCAUGUGCAUGUUCUUUUGUGUACAUGAACAUUCUUGAAUUGACACUCAAAAUGCGAUGAAAGUUAACCCCACUUGUGUCUACUGUGCACAUGCUUGUGGAAAGAAAACAAUUGAAGGCAAAACUAUCUGUGAAUAUUUUGAUCAUAAUUAAUACCAGAAAUCUUCAGAUUAAUACCUACUUGUGAACCUGUCACCUCCGACCUUGGCAAGAAAGAAACUUAUGGAGGAGUAUCAGUAUUUCUGCACUACCCAUAAGAUCGAUACCUACUUGUAGAUAUGUCAUCUCUGAGCUUGGCGAGAAAGCAUAUUCAAUACCCUAAUAAGGGCCAGAAGACUGCUGCAAUUCAAUGAGCCUGUGAGAUCUGUUUCUUUCUUGGCAAAUAUUGGAGGACAAAAGCAACCUAAUCUUUUCUCACCAGUAAGAUUCUAGCUCUGGUAAACUUAAAUAGUGGAAUGAUCCUAUAGUUGAUUUGUCUCUGUACGUCCUUCAGGCAGUUCAGUUGUUGAUAUUGUACCAUUCUUCCAGGAUUAUACUUCAACUUCUGCAUUUAGAUAGACUCCAAGAUCAUUUCUGAGAUUCAGUUAUUAGUAAUUUGAGUUCAGUGUCUGUUGAUGGUAGGUCACAGGUGCAACUGUAGAAAUCUUGCGCUUAUAACUACAAGGUGCAAGUUUGAGCAUUGGGAUCGGUUCAUGGAAGAAUACAGAAGGUUGAUUGACUUGCCUAUUUCAAUUUUCAAGGCCCCGCUUCAAUGAGAGUAUAACUUGAUAAUUGUUCUUUUCCUGUGUUGAGGACAUACCUUGUUGUAUGUUAUUUUUCUUUUAUUGUGUACUUGGGGGAUAUCAUAUCUGCAAUUUGAUUAUCUAUGCUCCGUCUGUAUCUUCUAAGGUUUAGUACUAUGAUAAUAUGAUUUAUUCA